UUGCGCAUCAUUUUUUGUCUGUGUUUUUAUUUUUCAACUCCAGUCCUGUACAUUUCUUUAAAUAUAUAUUCCUGUACCAGAUCACUUUCCUCAGUUCAUUUUGUUCUGGGCAGGACAUGCAUCUGUUACAGGGUUACUAUCAAGCCAAGUUAAGAAUCCAACAGAACAGGGAAGGGUUAAUAAUAUUCUGUCUGCAUCUUUUGAAUCAGAGGGGAGGAGAAUAAGAGAACAAGCAAGAGAGGAUGAGAGAGACACCAGUGGAACUGAAAUAUAAAGGCAGGGAUGGAGAGAAAGAGAGAGAGAGGCGGAGAGAGAGAAGAGAGCUGAGCCAAAGGGCCUCCCAUUCAGGGAGUGGGAGAGGGAGCAGGUGCAGGCACGUCCUUAUAUGGUAAAACUCCACAUCAUGUGACACUGUGGGCUAACAACAAAACAACAGCAUCCAGUGGAAGAUGGAGGCAGGACUGGCUUAGAAAAAUAACAGGAGCAGUGGCUGUUUUAUUAUAAAGCCAAUUUUGGACGCAUGUGCGUGCAUAUCUUCAAGGGGAGGACUGCAUUGAAAACAAGCAUAAAAAUCUUAGCAUUGCAGAUAGCUGUGAUGUUUGAACAGUCCGAUUGAUUGGCUAAUACAGUUUACUGCACUGCCCGGUACCUCCAACAGGACAUUGAUUUUUGAAGAAAUCCUGAUGUUUAGUGAAUGGUUGGUUGCUUGAAGGUCUCCUAUGUCUUCAUCCUGAGGAGUGGACCCCUGCCAGAAGACAUGGAUAUGGAAUGCAGCCUCACUGAUGACAUCAGGACCUCUCCGCCCACCUCUCUGAAUGUGGGCGGGGGGGGCGGGGCUCACAGGAAGAGGCGCACCCUGGUGGCCCCCGAGAUGAGUCUGUCCCUCGACCGGAGCGAGGGCUCCCUCCUGUCCGACGAGUUCCCAGACACUCCGGACGAUCUGGACAUCAACGUGGACGACAUCGAGACGCCCGACGAGACCGACUCCCUCGAGUUCAUCGGCAACGGCAACGAGCUGGAGUGGGAAGACGACACGCCCGUGGCCUCGGCGAAGGCGCUCCCCGGGGAGGGGGUGGAGCCAGGGGGCGAGGAUGGGGAGGGGUCAGCGGCUAACGGGCGCCUGUGGAGGACGGUGAUCAUCGGCGAGCAGGAGCACCGCAUCGACAUGCAAGUCAUCAGGCCCUACCUGAGAGUGGUGACGCACGGGGGUUACUAUGGCGAGGGCUUGAACGCCAUCAUCGUUUUCGCGGCCUGCUACCUCCCUGACAGUAACUGCGCGGACUACCAUUACAUCAUGGAGAACCUUUUCCUGUAUGUGAUCAGCAGUCUGGAGCUGCUGGUAGCCGAGGACUACAUGAUCAUCUACCUAAACGGGGCCACACCGCGACGCAGGAUGCCCGGCCUGGGCUGGCUGAAGAAGUGCUACCAGAUGAUCGACAGGAGGCUUAGGAAGAACCUGAAGUCCCUGAUAAUCGCUCACCCGUCCUGGUUCAUUCGCACCAUCCUGGCAAUCUCCAGACCCUUCAUCAGUGUGAAGUUCAUGAAUAAGAUCCGCUACGCCCACAGCCUGGAGGAACUGGGGCAGAUCAUCCCUAUGGAGCACGUACAGAUCCCAGAGUGUAUCCUGCAGUUUGAAGAAGACAGAAUUAAAGCCCGUAAGGACAGGUUGGAAGAGGAACAGCAGCAGCAGCAGCCGGCUGAGACAGAGAGGCCUGGAACAACGACAGCAGAGCAGUCAUAGAACUGUGAAGGGGAUGGACAACAGCUGCUUAACAUUCAG